AUGAACAGGAAACAAAAUGUUAUAUCAAACAAUACCAAUACCAAUGAUAAAACUAGUGUCAAUAUGGAUACUCGAAACAAUAAACGCAAUAUAAUUAAUAAAAAUUCAAUGGAUUAUGUAAUACGAUCAGGGAUUGCGGGCGGUCUCUCUGGGGCAUGUGCAAAAUCUUUGAUAGCUCCUUUAGAUCGUAUAAAAAUUCUGUUCCAAACCUCUAAUCCACAUUAUACUAAAUACUCAGGUUCCUUGAUGGGCUUAUAUGAAGCUGCAAGACAUAUAUGGAUAAACGAUGGUGUUAGAGGCUUCUAUCAAGGUCAUUCCAUUACUCUUUUAAGGAUAUUUCCAUAUGCUGCCAUCAAAUUUAUUGCAUAUGAACAGAUUCGAGGCUACUUAAUACCGUCCAAGGAAUAUGAAACUCAUUGGAGAAGAUUGAUUAGUGGGUCUCUAGCAGGCUUAUGUAGUGUAUUUGUCACUUAUCCACUAGAUCUGACUAGAGUAAGGCUGGCUUAUGUUACAGAACAUAAAAGGCCUCAUAUCUUAAAGAUUGUCAAAACAAUAUAUCAAGAGCCUGCAUCUAUCACGUUAACAUCAAAAUUUUAUAUCCCUAAUUGGUUUGCACAUUGGUGUAAUUUCUAUCGUGGUUAUGUACCGACAGUUUUAGGAAUGAUUCCAUAUGCUGGAGUCUCCUUUUUCGCUCACGAUUUCCUACAUGACAUGCUUAAACAUCCCAUAUUGGCACCUUACGCUGUAUUAGAAUUAUCAGAAGAUGAUGAAUUCCUAAUAGCUGAAAGAAACCAAAGAACGCCAUUGAAGACAUGGGCUGAAUUAUUUUCAGGAGGGUUAGCAGGUAUGCUAUCUCAAACUGCAUCGUAUCCGUUCGAAAUCAUACGAAGAAGAUUGCAAGUUAGUACAUUAUCAAUUCAAAAUUUGUAUACACAUAAGUUCCAAGGUAUUUUAGACAUUGCAAAUACUAUCUAUGUAGAACGUGGAUGGAGAGGAUUCUUUGUUGGUUUAAGUAUUGGAUACAUUAAAGUUACCCCAAUGGUUGCAUGCAGUUUUUUUGUGUAUGAGAGAAUGAAGCUUUAUUUUGGAAUUUAA